UAUCCUUCCCGAGGCCCUUUUUCGGUUUCUUUUGUCCAUCCCAUUAUCUCUCUUCUCUCUUCUCUUUCACUAUUCCUCUCUCCCUCCCUUGGCCGGGGAACUUCAUUCCCCGCCGGAAAACCGCUUUGUCUCCGGCGAAUAGCAUCCUUCCUCCGUCGGAAAACCGCUGUCUCGUUCUCUUUCCUUGACGUCCUUCAUCCUUUUUUGUAUUAAUUUCGUUGACUCGGUGGUUCGAAGGCUUUGGAUCUCUGAUUCCGGCAACAGACGGUACCGUUUUGGACGUUUGGCGGGAAUGUGGAUGGCCUGGUUCUCGUUGUAGGCUUACUUUUGGUCUGCCGUGGCUGGGAUCGUGAUCUAGGGUUUCGGUUCUUUGAUUCGGAUUCGGUUUCUGCGGUUGUGCUGUUUUAUCCUUUGUGUGUUGCUGUGAACAAAGACGGAGGCUUACAAAAAGCGACGACGGAAUGAGAUGGUGGAAGGAAGGGUUUGUUUGUCCAAAGAGGCCAAAAAUGGAUUAGAAAUUCUGAAGCGUAGAAGGCUUCAGCGAAUGAGACCGGAAACUGCUACCGAGCCUGUAAAUCAUACUAAUACGAUGGCUCGAAGUGGAGGUGAUGCUUUAAAACCUUCUGUAUCCUUUGGUGUUAGAUUACAGGGAGGUGCCGACUCAGUUUCUCUGUCAAGUGGUGCUAUACAUGGAAAAGACGUUUUUUCAAAGCGUAGGGUGGAUAAGUUUGAAACAAGUGAUCUAGAGUGGAUUGAGAAAAUUCCCGAGUGUCCUGUAUACUAUCCAGCAAUGGAGGAGUUCGAGGAUCCUUUGGUUUAUUUACAGAAGAUAGCUCCAGAAGCUUCAAAAUAUGGUAUAUGCAAGAUUGUCUCUCCUUUGAGUGCUUCUACUCCAGCUGGGGUUGUAUUGAUGAGAGAGAAAGCAGGAUUCAAGUUCACAACUAGAGUACAACCUCUUCGUCUUGCAGAGUGGGACAAUGAUGACAAGGUCACCUUUUUCAUGAGCGGAAGAAAUUAUACAUUCCGUGAUUUCGAGAAAAUGGCGAACAAGGUUUUUGCUCGUAGAUAUUGUAGUACCGGUUCUCUUCCUGCCUCGUUCUUGGAAAAAGAAUUUUGGCAAGAAAUUUCUUGUGGAAAGACAGAAACUGUUGAGUAUGCUUGUGAUGUAGAUGGUAGUGCCUUUUCAUCUUCUCACAGUGAUCCUCUUGGAAAUAGCAAAUGGAAUUUAAAGAAUCUUUCAAGGUUGCCCAAGUCCAUUUUGCGUCUUCUAGAAACUGCAAUUCCGGGUGUAACGGAUCCCAUGCUAUACAUUGGAAUGCUAUUUAGUAUGUUUGCUUGGCAUGUGGAGGAUCAUUAUUUGUACAGUAUUAAUUAUCAUCAUUGUGGCGCAUCCAAAACCUGGUAUGGCAUACCAGGUGAAGCUGCUCUGCAAUUUGAAAAGGUUGUUAAGGAACAUGUGUACACGCAUGAUAUCAUAUCAACUGAUGGAGAAGAUGGGGCAUUUGAUGUCUUGUUGGGGAAAACAACAUUGUUUCCUCCAAAUAUUUUGUUGGAACAUGAUGUCCCUGUAUACAAGGCUGUGCAAAAGCCAGGAGAGUUUGUUAUUACUUUCCCUAGAGCAUACCAUGCUGGAUUCAGUCAUGGUUUCAACUGUGGCGAGGCGGUCAACUUUGCAAUUGGUGAUUGGUUCCCUUUAGGUGCUAUUGCUAGCCGGCGUUAUGCACUGCUUAACAGGAUGCCUCUGCUUCCUCAUGAAGAACUUCUGUGUAAAGAAGCGAUGCUUCUACACACUAGUUUAGAACUUGAAGAUUCAUAUUAUUCAUCUGCUGAUUUGGUGUCCCAUGAUAGCAUUAAGAUGUCUUUUGUGAGAUUGAUGCGCUUUCAGCAUCGUGCUCGUUGGUCUUUAAUGAAGUCAGGGGCAUGCACCAGUGUUUUGCCAAACUCCUAUGGAACCAUUCUAUGCAGCCUAUGCAAGCGUGAUUGCUACAUAGCUUUCAUUAAUUGCAAUUGUUACAUGCAUCCCGUCUGCCUUCGCCAUGAUGUAAGGUCUCUUGACUUCUCAUGUGGGACCAAUCCUACUCUCUUUUUAAGGGAGGAAAUAACAGAAUUGGAAGCUGCAGCCAGAAAAUUUGAAAAGGACGAUGGUGUGUUGGAGGCGAUAGAAGGGCUAGGCGAUGACUUGUAUUCAUAUCCAUUAAAUUUGUCUCAGAGCGCUGAAGAGAAAGGAUACUCUCGUUAUUGUGAGAUAAAAUUUGAGUUGGACACUGAACUCGCUGGCACAACUCAGUAUCAGUCACAUGAGGCAGAAACGGCCCAAACGGGUUCUCAUGGCCAGCCCAUGUUGAGAUCUGAUGCAAAAUUUUCAAGUCCUGCAGUGUCAGACGGUUCCCUUUCAUGUGCUGCAUCAACUCUUUGUUCUCUUCUAGAGCCUCAUGAGAGCUCAUCUGCACCCAAUAAUGUACAGGAAAAUGCUAAAGAAACUCUAAAUUCUAAAAGGCAUUCUGAAGAAUUGGUUCGCAGUGUUUACGAUUCUUCUCUGUCCUCUCCAUCAUAUGAUGAAUGUUCUAGUGCACGCCCAGGGAAUUCUAAUGGAUCGGAGGUUAGACGUGUUGUGGAUCAAGGCAGUGAUGAUUCUGAUUCAGAGAUCUUUAGGGUUAAGCGUCGUUCAUCAUUGAAGGUGGUGGACAAAAGGAGUGUAAAUGAUGUCUCGGCAUCAAAUCAUUCUGAAAACAAGGGGUUUAAACGAUUGAAGAAAAUGCAACCUGAAAGAAGAUGCGGGAGAUCAUCGGUGCCGUUAGAUUAUUACAGCCCCGGUGAAUCAAAUACUAAGUUUGUUUCAACUACUAAUUACAGAGGAUUUCCAGAUAGUGCUGCUUUGGAGGGCAGGUUGUCCACAGGAAGUAGCGCUCCUAGAGGAGGUAAUGUUCCCAUCUCCAUCAAGUUUAAGAAGGUGGCCACCGAAGAUUCAGCUAGAAAACAGCGAGAACACCACAGAAAGGAUAGAUACCAGGAUGAAUUGGGAAGGAGCCGGAGGCAACCACCCCCAAUGGAGGUUGGGGCAAAGCGCAUUAAAGUCAGAGGCCCGUCGUUCCUAGGGUCGGAGAGCACACUAGGAAGUGCCAACGAUCUGGUUGGCCGACCCUGUAGAGAGCAGCAGCAGCAGCAGCGGCAUCAUAGAACCUGACCUCGCUAACUUGAAUUUCUCUAACGGGGUUCUAACAACACGGGUAAAGCUAAAGAAGAUGGAAGACGGAAAAUUAACCUAGGAUAAAGAUUUAUAUUCUUUGUGCAGGCCCUGAAAUUGGGGCAAUCUGCAUUGUUGGUGAUUCUUGAGGUUCUCGGGCCGGGGUAUUUUUUACCAUCUUUGGCAGGAGAACCUUCCUUCCUGCAAACUAGUAGAGAUUGGGUUAGUGGUGAAUUUCCAUGUAAAUUUAUUUUUAUUUUCUUACCUUACCAUUGUUAAUUCAGAAACUAGUUGGUUUAUUCUUCAACUUGUUUAGUUGGUUCGCUGCUUCCUUUUAUAUAGGUUCCUUAUUCUUUUAUUUUGUAGCAAUGGGUCCUUGUAACCUUUGACUACGUGAAUAAAAUGCAGAGAAAAUGCCUUGUCGUAUUA